ACAGUGUACACAGAGCAGAGAGAGCUGGAGCUCUGACAGCUGCCACCACUCGCACACAACUUUGGGAAUUAGCAGCAAAAAACAAACAAGGCCUCAGAAUGGCCAACUUUGGAGGACAUGCCAUCCCUGGUACCUUUUUCCUCAUCUAUGGCUUUUGGCUGACCGUGAAACACAUCCUCCAACACUACUGGAGGAAGAAUCAGCCUAAAGGAAGACAAGUUGUGCCGCCUUCUUUUAAAAGAAUGGAAUACUUCGAAGGAGGAUUCACAAUGUUUGCUGCAUUUGUUGGUAUCAUGGUUGAACAGUUUGUGGUGGACGGGCCACACGCUCACCUCUAUGACAAAGAUAAGGGCACAUGGGUCAAGCUGAUGAACUGGCAGCACAGCACAAUGUAUCUGUUCUUUGGCAUUUUUGGAAUAGCUUUGGUUGCCAGCACUGCAUCCAAACUGCUGCCGGUCGGUGUCGAUCGGCUCGCCCUCUCCUUGGCACUUUUCGUUGAAGGGUUUCUGUUCUAUUACCACGUGCACAGUCGCCCCCCUCUGGAUGCUCACAUCCACUCCCUGCUGCUGGUGGCUGUGUUCAGCGGGUCAGGCAGCACCAUGUUGCAGGUGUUCAUAAGAGACAACAUCCUUUUGCAGAUGUUCGGGGCAUGUAUGUUCCUCCUGCAGGGUUCAUGGUUCUACCAGAUUGGAUUUGUACUUUACCCCUUAAGUGGACCACAGUGGGAAUUAACGCUGCACGACAACAUCAUGUUUGUCACCAUGUGCUUCUGCUGGCAUUUAGCCGUCGCCCUGCUUCUAGUUGUUUUCACCUCCUCUGUGGUUUGGUUGACUCUGACAAGAUUCUCAGGAAGGAGACGGGAUGUAGAGAUUGGAAUGCGAAACACAUCCCUGAAAACAAGCUCUCAGAAGGCUUUGCUCGAAGAGUCGGAUGAAGAGUGAAGACAUCGUACUGAUUCUGUAAAUUGUACUGAAAUUAGAUUUCAUUUUCUGUGUUGGUCGAUAACUAAGUGUUUUGCAAAAUGUACUUCAGAUGUUUUUUUUUGUACAAAAAAAUAAAAACAAAUCUUUUUAAAUGUGA